AUGUUCUCCUCAGCGCUCAAGUCUUUAUCUGCCACCAACAUCACCGCCAACUACUCCACGUCGGAGCGUCCCACGUCCACCGCCGGCCCAUGGAAGAUCUACGAUGCCACCAGGAAGUCCACUGGUAAUGCCUACAGCGUCUUCGUCUUCGACAAGAGGACAUUGUCGCAAGGCAAUUCUAUGGGCCGAUCCGGCGCCUCCGGCCUCAAGCGUUCUGUGGACGAAGUGGUUGAGCGCUUGAAGAAAGAAGCUUCCAACCUGGCCAAGCUCCGGCACCCGUCCAUUCUGGAGCUGGUGGAGCCCGUCGAGGAGUUGAGGAACGGUAAUUUGCAGUUCGUCACUGAAGCCGUCUCUGCGUCCCUGUCUAGUGUGCUACAAGAGAAGGAUGCCCAGGAACGACCGCGAGGGAGGUCGACCCGGUCCGUCACCGAGGAUGCGGGUGGUGGCGUCACAAGGGGGCGGACGAUUGAGAUCGACGAACUCGAGAUCCAAAAGGGCUUGUUGCAAAUUAGCCAGGCUCUAGAAUUCUUGCACGAAAACGCUGGUCUUGUUCAUUGCAACUUGACACCAGAUGCCGUGCUUGUCAAUGCCAAGUCUGACUGGAAACUUGGCGGUCUUUCCUUUUGCAGCCCGGCCGACAACUCAACAAAGCCGACGUCAAUUCAAGGCAUAAGCUUGGGCGAAGUGCUGAACCUAGAUCCUCGAUUACCAAGACUUGUUCAGCUUAACCUCGACUAUACAUCUCCCGACUUCGUCAUGGACAACAACUUGACCCCAUCAGCCGAUAUGUACUCUCUCGGACUUCUCUCCAUCGCCCUCUACAAUUCGCCACACAAAUCCCCUCUCGACAGCCAUGGCAGUGUCUCUUCGUACAAGAGGCUGUUUUCAUCAGUAUCCACCACACCUUCGGCGAGUAACGGCUUUUUGGCGUCGCGAGAACUGCCAAAAGACCUGACAAAGCACGUGCUACCCAGAUUGAUUACCAGGCGACCCGCUCAACGGAUGACGGCCCGGGAAUUCCAGGAAACCGAGUAUUUUGACAACGUUCUGGUGUCGACAAUCAGGUUCCUGGAUUCCUUCCCAGCCAAGACCCCUAAUGAGAAGUCUCAGUUUAUGAGGGGCCUGAACAAGGUGCUGCCAUCGUUCCCCAAGUCUGUCAUGGAGAAGAAAAUUCUGCCUGCGCUUUUGGAGGAGCUCAAAGAUAGAGAUCUGCUUUCCGUGAUCCUCCAGAAUGUCUUCAAAAUAAUUGACCUGCUGCCUCAUGCUAGACGAGCGUUCGGUGACAAGGUUCGUCCGGCUUUGAAGGAGAUAUUUGUGUUCAAUGCCAGACAAGGCCAAGAAAAAGACCCAGCCCGAGAUGCAGGGCUAAUGGUGUUUUUGGAAAACCUGUCAGUCGCCGCAGAUAACUCUCCUGGAAAGGAGUUCAAAGAUGAUAUUCUUCCCGUAAUAUUGGCCGCCAUCGAGUGUCCCACACCGUCAAUCGUAGACGCUGCCCUGAGGACAUUGCCAUCUGUUCUCCCUGCCCUCGACUUCAGCACCAUUAAGAAUGAACUCUUCCCCGUGGUAGCUGCGGUAUUCAGCAGGACAAACAGCCUGGCAAUCAAGGUCCGCGGCUUGCAAGCUUUUGUCAUCCUCUGCGGUGGAUCUACGGAUGCUGCCGCUGAUGACGGUCUGAACGGCCUGGUUGAAGACAAAAAGAAGACAUCCUCGUCCAGUGCACUGGACAAGUAUACCAUGCAGGAGAAGAUUGAUCCCCUAAUCAAGGCCAUCAAGACCAAGGAGCCAGCCGUCAUGAUGGCAGCACUCAAUGCGCUGCGCAUCGUGGGAGAGAAUGCGGAUGCUGACUUCGUGGCGAUGGACAUUCUCCCCGUUCUGUGGAGCAUGAGUCUGGGACCUCUGCUGGAUCUGCGCCAGUUCCAGACAUUCAUGGAACUGAUCAAGAACCUAUCGAGGAGGGUGGAAGACGAACAGACCAAGAAGCUGCAAGAGCUGUCAGGCACGUCUAACGCAGGAACCGCCGGUCGCAACGAAGACUUGCUCGCAUUCGGCGGCGUCACCGGCACCACUUUCGACAGCGGCACCGGCGGGAAUGAGGAUGACUUUGAAGCUCUCGUCAAGGGGAAAGGGGUCGUCUCAGCGUCGUCCAACGGCAGCAACGGCUUUCCUACCUGGGACCAGACACCGUCUGCCACGACCCCGGCCACCACCACCACAAUCAAGAGCUCGUCCAGCACGCCGAAAACACCUUCAUUCUCGUGGUCCUCACAAACCCCCACGAGCGCUUCGACAACAACACAGCCCGCCGUGGCCGGCAGUCAGCCUGGUUUCCGCACCACAACGCCGGAUUUGGCGCGAUUCGGCACCCUCACUCCGUCGUCGACUCAAUACAGCAAACCGCUGCAGCCGACACGGCCUUCACAGCCAUCAUUCUUUCAACAGGCUCCGCAGCAGAGCUCGUCAUCAAUCAAUUGGUCCGCCACGGCAGCCGCAACCUCCAACCCAUGGGCGUCGUCAACACCAAACUACGCAAACUCGUCGAGCCACACACCCGCACACGUGCAGUCAGGCUCCAGCUUCAGCAGCAUGAACGCAUCCAUGUCCAGCGUGUCCCUGGGGCAACAAGCUCCUCGGCCUUCCCUGGGCGGCGGCGACUCGCGGGACUCGUCGUUCUCGCUGCCCCCGCCGCCAGGUGCUCGUUCUUCGCCGUCGUCAAACACCUCGUUUAGUAUCAAGCCGCCUCCCGCACCAGGCAGUUGGGGGGUGUCGGCUCAGAAACCAGCAGCAUCAUUGGGUGCUCCCGGUCAGCAGGUGGGUAGUAAUGCGGGAGGGAAAAAGCCUUCAGGGCUGGAUAUGUACGAGAGUCUAAUUUAG